CCUGCUAGCUAACAGGCUAGGCUAGCUCGGCGGCUAGCAGCUCUCCUCAGUGUAAUUAGUUGAGACGCACCGGCUCCAUCCACAUUACGGUGCCGUUAGACCGAACCGACCCCCCUCAGACUCACAGACAGACCACCGCACAGCGCAGGGACACGCAGUACCGGCAUCCAGUGACCAAACAACUGAAGAUGAUUAAGCUCUUUUCCCUGAAGCAGCAGAAGAAAGACGAGGAAUCUGCUGGAGGAAACAGAACAGGAGCCGGGGGUAAAAAAGCCAGCGCGGCCCAGCUCCGAAUACAGAAAGACAUCAAUGAGCUGAACCUGCCAAAGACGUGUGAGAUCAACUUCCCUGACGACGAUGACCUCCUCAACUUCAGACUCAUCAUCUCACCAGACGAGGGUUUUUACAAAGGAGGAAAGUUUGUCUUCAGCUUUAAGGUAGGACAGGGUUACCCCCACGACCCCCCCAAGGUGAAGUGUGAGACGAUGGUUUAUCACCCCAACAUCGACCUGGAGGGAAACGUCUGCCUAAAUAUCUUAAGAGAGGACUGGAAGCCUGUGUUGACAAUAAACUCCAUCAUCUACGGUCUACAGUAUCUAUUUCUAGAGCCUAACCCUGAGGAUCCGUUGAACAAGGAGGCAGCGGAAGUUCUCCAGACGAACCGGCGGCUCUUUGAGCAGAACGUCCAUCGCUCUCUGAGGGGCGGCUACGUGGGCGCCACCUACUUCGAGAGGUGUCUUAAAUAACUUGGCGUCCCAUGAUCCUCCAAACUCCCCUCCACCCCUCCCCCCUUCACUCCUCACCUCCUCCUCCUCCCCCUCUGCCUCACCCUCCUCCCCCUCUCCCUCCUCAGUCCUGCUCGUUGGCAGAAGCAGGAGCUGUGGCGACAGAAAGCAGCACGCCAGAAGACGCUUUUCUGUUUUAAAACAAAAGAAGACAAAGAAACCCCACCCACCUCCCCUCCUCCUCCUCCUCCCCUCCCUCCCCCUCCUCCCAUAUUUCUCUCUGUUUUACUUCCAAGACGCAGCAUUCAACCGUUUACACGCCACAGGGGACGCCGACACAACACACACCUGACUGGACUCGAAAAGACGGCCGACCACGAGUGGCGGCCGAGGAUGAUGAUGUGAUGAUGAUGAUGAUGAUAAUGAUAAUGAUAAUGGAGGACUGAGGGACAGGAUGAGGGGGGAGGAGGAGGAGACAGGUGUGGGUGGUCAGUGAAUGUUGCUCAGGUGAGUCAGUGAUUCGGUGAACGCCACGACGCUGCUGAUGAUGAUAAUGAUGACGAUACCCACAUUUUUUUUAUUUUUUAUUUUGUGUGUGUGGCAAAGACACCUGACAUCAUACAGGUGGUAGGAAGGACACGCCCCCUCCCUCUCGCCGCCGUUUGGUCGUUCGUUACACAAA